GGUGUGGUUCCCUUUUGGAGUUCAGAGCUGGUUCUUCAGAUUUAUCCAGGUUUAACCAGGUAGUAUCACAACUAAUAGCCUUCUGUCUCCGUCAUGCCCAGGAUUCUGUUUUGGACCUUUGUGCUUCUGAAGCUCUUCAUAGCCAGCGGUCAAGAUUUCUUUCAGAGCGAGAGAGCUGGUGAUUAUGCACCAUCACCACAUUCAGUCAAAUAUGUUGUGUCUUUGCAAACGCCAAAAGGACAGCAUUUCUGUGCAGGAUCCCUGGUGCAUAAAUAUUGGGUCCUCACUGCGGCACACUGUAAUACAGAAUGUCUUGCACUCAGGGUGGAUCAGAUGAUGAUAGUGGCCGGAGACAACAUUCUUGGCAAGUACGAAGGGACGGAGCAGUAUUCAAAGCCACACUCCAUUACACCUCAUCCACUGUACAACAAGAGCACCAGUAAUGCAGACAUCAUGCUCAUUAAGCUCCGGGCUCCAAUAAAGCUGAACAGGUACGUCUCCCUGGCUCAUCUUCCCAAACAAAACACAGGAAUGCUGCCUGGUCAGCUGUGUCAGAUGUCCGGUUGGGGUUCCACAAUCCAGGGCGGGAGCAGCAGCCCCCUUACGCUUCGCUCCGUAACUCUGCCCAUCAUCUCGACAGCUAAGUGUAAUAGCAGCAAGUCCAUCAAUGGAAGCAUUACAAACAAUAUGAUUUGUGCUGGCAUCAGUACUGGAGGCAAGAAGGCAUGCAAGUGGGGUUCUGGAGAGCUGCUCGUGUGUGACGGACGACUUUACGGGCUCGCCUCCUGGGGAAACGUCUGUGAGGAUGCCGGCUCUCCAGGAGUCUACACGGCUGUGUCCAGGUUCCGCAGGUGGAUAGACCGUGCCGUCUACAGGUCCUUGACACGAUGCUACAAAAAUAUUCCAGUCGGUGGACAAGAUGAAGUAAAUGUGAACGAGGAUAUGCAUGGUGCAGUGAUGUUUAAUCUGAAGCAUAUUCUUUCUUCAUACCUUGGAUAACAUCCACCAAUAUUCUGAGCGUCCCUCCAUCCCUUUGGUGUUUUUUGACUACGGAUGUUUUUGGUUGUGUUAUAAAUAAAUAAAUAAAUAAAUAAAUAAAUAAAUA